UAUUCUAUAAGCUUAAUGAUUAUAAUUGAGCAAUAUAAGUUUAAUAAAAAGGGAGAAAAAUUAAGCAAAUAAUAAGCAAGCAAAGAAAAGAUGUCUGAUGAAAGUUUUUGCAAAGGGAAGAGUGAAUGGCCGGAGCUAGUUGGAGAAAAUGGGCAAAUAGCAGCAACAAUUAUAGAAAGAGAGAACCCAAAUGUGAAGGCGAUUGUCUUACCGGAUGGUACCGCAGUUAUUGAAAACUUUAGUUGUAAGCGGGUUUGGGUUUGGGUUGACUCUGAUGAACUCGUUGUUCGUCCUCCACUUAUUGGCUAAUUUGGCUAUAUCAAUAUGUCAGCUAAAUUGACGGUUUUAUUAUGUGAUAACUCUCAAUUAAACUAAAUAGUUUUCCUUC